AUGGAGGGGAGCAGCACUCACCAAGUCCCCCACCAGGCUGCUGAUGACCUAGAUGAUGGUACUGGGACCUUGAAGGCCAAGCCUGCCUCCUCGUCCCAGGACACACACAUAGUGGCCACCAGGAAGAUUAUGGUCUCUCCCUUGACUGUGUUGGACUUGAGUCACAGUGGCCUGUGCCACUUAGAUGAGGUCUGCAGAGUGCCCCGCCUGAAGCAACUAUACCUUCAGAAGAACUCCCUUUCUGUGAUUCCCAAUGACUUCUUCCAGUCACUGCCCAACCUGACGUGGCUGGACCUCCGCUUCAACAGGAUCCGAGCUCUGCCUUCAGGGAUUGGCUCACACAGGCAUUUGAAAACUUUGCUUCUAGAAAGAAAUCCUAUUAAAAUGUUACCUAUAGAAUUGGGGAAUGUAAACACACUGAAAGCAUUGAACUUACGGCACUGCCCUCUGGAAUUCCCCCCUCAGCUUAUCGUGCAGAAGGGACUGGUAGCCAUUCUAACCUUCCUGCGGAUCUGUGCAGCAGAGAAUGCCUUUCCCAGCAAUUUUACCUCUAAAGAGCUCUCAGAGGUCGCAGUGACCCGCAGGCCCGAGCCUCCCGGCUUCCCCAGGGAACGCACACAUGAGGAAGACGCUGCUUCCUGGGAGCCUGUGGAGACGUGCAAGGAGAAGGCCCCCUUCUUCCCACCUGUGGAGAAGCUGGACCUGGGGGACCUCAGGAAGCCCAACAACGCUCCGGAAGACUGGCCGAGCGAGGAGGAAAUCCGGCGCUUCUGGAAGCUGAGGCAGGAGAUCGUGGAGAACGAGAAUGCCAAUGUCCUGCCCAACCAGCUCCUGCCUGUCAAGUUGCCACCCAACCUCCAGGCUGCACUCAAGCCCCAGAUGAAAGACCACCCGAAGUCCAGGUACCCCGCCAGUGGGGCACCCUCCUCCUCCAGGGCCACCUUACCUGACCUCUCCUCAUCCAAGACUACAGUUCAAGCAAAAAGAGUAGAAGAAAGGCGCAUAGCAGCCCUCAGAGAGCUCAGGGAGAAGCAGAUGCUGUUGGACCAGCGGAGAAGAGAUAAACUGAUCCUUCAGGAAUGGAGGGAGCAGACCUGGAGGAUGAAGAUGAGGAUGAAGAAGGAGGAGCUGAGGCGCCUGCAACCUCUGAGGAGGAGUCUGGCAGCAUCACAGAUCCCCUUUGCCAUGGACCUGAGCAAUACUGAGAAAACUCCAGUCAACCCCCUGGGCAGAGGAAGGCCAAGCAAAGAGAAGGCAUCACAGGCCAACAAAGCCCUGAGGAGGCCUGCCUGGAGGAAGAGGUCCAGCAGCUCAUCCAGCAAACACAGGAGAGAAAAGAAGCACAUUGGAGCGGCGGCACCACAGGAGGAGCUGCAGGCAGCCACGCAGGACCUGGAGGUGGCAGAUAAUCUCCAGGAUGAAGUCAGGAGACUGAAACUGGCCUUGAAGAGGGACGAGCAGUUUGCAGUCUUCACUGGAAACCUUUCACUUCACUCACAGCCUCAGAAUAUAUUUUUUAACAUGAAAUAG